AUGCGCGCCUAUGGAAGCAACCGCCUUGGCGCAUGCGCCUAUGGAAGCAACCGCCUUAGCGCAUGCGCCUAUGGGAGCCAACCGCCGCAACGGACGCUGGGAGCAGUUGUAGGACAGAGCCCCGCCCCCAGUGGGCAUGCUCCUGUGUCCUGGCGCGAGGCACCCUGGGAAGAGGCACCAAGGCUGUCCUUGCAGCAGAGGAAGAGGACCCUGACCCUGUCCCUCCUGUAUUUAUUCACAUCUGCAGCGCUGGGAGCGGAUGUGAGCCUGAAGCCCGGUGCCUCCCUGACUACUUUCAUGGCCCAGCCCUGUCCCCCACCCUCUACUGGCCCCGCACACCGGCCCCCUGGGGAGCAGCACCUGCCGCCCCCCAGGACCCCGUCAUUCCCUCCUGGCCGCCCCCUGGUGCUGCCGGCUUGGCCCAGGACACCUAUGGUGGCAGGAGAUGCUGGUCAAGGCCCUGUUGGGACUGGGGCUUACAACAUCAUGGCCCAGGUCAGCUCAGAAGGGAGGCGACCACAGCCCUCCCAGACUCAGACCAUUGUCCUGACCCAGGCCCCCCUCUACGGGAGCGCUCCAGGUGCCGCCUGUGGGGGUGCUGUGUGUCCUGCACCCCUAUUCUUGGAAGCCACUGUGGUGGAGAACAUUAUGCCCAUCUCGGUUUUUGGGGGCACCCAAGCCGGCGAUGGAGGCUGGUGUCCCAGCCUUCCUCCUCAAGAUCCACCACCAGCUGCCCAGCUGAUCCCCAUCGUCCCCCGAGUGGACCCCGGAAGGGGACCACACGGGGCUGCCAGGGAGGGUGGCCUGGCCGCCUCCCAGUCCAAGGCCUCGCUGGACGCCUCUGACCCCAAGAGUGUGUACGAGGACUUCCGUCGUUGGCGGCGCUUCAAGGCCCUGGCCCGGGGGCACCUUCCCCAGAGUCCUGAUGUGGACGCUCUUUGCUGCUUCCUCAUGCCAGAGCUCCGGCCCCUGUCCCGCCUGAAGCCCACCAUGACGCUGGAGGAGGGAAUAGGGCGAGCCAUGCAGGAAUGGCAGCGCAAGAGCCACUGUGACCGGAGGGUCUAUUUUGAGAUGGCAGAAAAGUUCAUGGUGUUUGAGGCAGAGGAGCAGAUGCAGGCUCAGAAGUUGCAGUUGGAGAAGGGGGCGCAGACCCAGCCUCCUGCCCCACCGAGACCUGGUCCUAGGAGGCUCCCAGCCCCAGUGGUGGGCGCGCAGCCAGCGCCCACUCCCAGGAAGGCUGUACCCAGCGUCCAGCGCGCCCACACCGUCCAGCCGCCCUGGGAAACCGAGUCACAUGACGGGAUCCCCCCUGAGGCCGAGCAGGAGGACAUGGACCUCACGGAGGCGCUGCCCAUGGGGGCGCCCGGCGGAGGGUGGGCAGAGGAAGUGAAGGAGUGGCUGCAGGAUGAGGGUCUCCUGAGCUACCUGGACCAGCUGUGCUCCCAGGAAGACUUUGUCACCCAGGUGGAGGAGGUCAUUGACCCCCAGUUCCUGAAGCAGCUGAAUUCCCCAGACGCCCAGCUGGACCCCUUGGCCCUCGCUGAGGAGUUGGAGCAGGAAGAAGGGCUCACUGCUGCCCAGCUGGCAGAGAGGCGACUCCUGGCCUCCGAGGAGGGGGGCGAGCAGGCACCCCCAAGUCUCAGUGCUCCCCUGUGGGACUCACGUCCUUCUGAGCCUGCGAGCAGCCAAGAUGCCCGGAAGCGUCACCAGGGCCCCCAGCUGGGGGUCAGUGGCACAGCCUGCCCGCCAGAGACUGGCUUCCAGGACCCUCAGAGGCGCGGCCCAGCAGACGCCCCCCGCUCCCGGCCCCCGGCUGGUGCUGUCUCUUCGGGGCCUGAGGAGCAGCCACCGCUCCGGGCUGGAUGCCCCCCCGCUGCUGCCCAGGGCCACCGGCCUGCAGACUCUGCACAGGCACCCAGGGCCUCCUGCGUCCCCGGAGAGGCCUCUGUGGUCAGGGAGACGCUGGGGCCAGCGGCCAGGCCCCGUGAGGACGAGGAGGACCUCCCCAGCCUGGCCUUCCUCUGGGCCUCCCCCCGCCGCCUGCUGCCCUGCGCGCUCUCUCUGAGCCCUGGCCCUGCCUCGGGCCCGGCCUGCCCUGGAGGCCGGGGGCCCCGGGGCGCUGCCCAGGCCGGGUCCCUGCAGAGAGGAGGCCUCAGCCGAGCUUCCCCUGCAGCUUGCCAGCCUCAGAAGCGCGCUCUGGGGGGCGGCCCCGCCCAUGCGGAGAAGACCCGCCGCCCAGGGGCCGACCUCGGGGUCUGGGGGAGGCCAGCACUGGCUCUGGGGCCGGUUCCGGCCUCACAGCCUCACAAGAGAAAGCGUGAGCCCUCUGACCCAGGGAGGUGGAGGAAGCGGCACUGCAGCCAGAAUGGAGCAGAGGGGAGUGCCCCCCACUGCCCGCGCCCCGAGGGGCCCAGACCUGAUGGGACCUGGCUGUCCCCCAGAGGAGCCACGGGCUCCUUCUCAUGGCAGGGCUGAUCCUGCUGGUCCCCUGACC